AUGGCAACUACUUCUCGACACGUAUCAUCCUACGCCACACCACAACCAUCAUCAUCAUCAUCGUCAACCACCAUGCAGUCAUACAACCAUGCAUCACCACCUUCUCCUCCUCCUGUACAGAUAUUCGAUCUGCAAGAUGUAUUGUCGCAAUACCAGUCUCAACCCGAACUACUCAAAUUGAUCCUGAGCAGUAAAGUCGAGGAAGACAAACGACGCACAGAAGAAGCCAAGCUGCGUGCCAAGGAACUGGAUCUGUAUCUGAGGCAAGAUCAUCGAUUGCAACACAAGCGCAACAAUAGCUUGAGCAGCCAUUCUUCCAACAGCAGCCUUAGCAGCAGCGCUAGUGGGAGUAGUAGCAGUAACAUGAGCACGAGUCAUCAACAACAGCAUCAUAACCAGCAUCAGCAUCAGCAUCAUCUUCAUCUUCACCCUACGAAUAGCAGCAGCAACAACAACCACAACAAUAGCAGUAAUAGCAGACGACGAUCCAUCAUGAUCCGAGCCACGGCUGCACCCUAUCCUCCACCACAACAACACCAUCGCGAGACUAUGGAUGAUUACCAGGAACGACGCAACUCUGCGGCUGCUGCCAUGGUUGCAAUGGGAACAUCGUUAUCUCGAACUGCAUCAACACCUCCCCCACCAUCCUAUUUCCCUGCAUCUCCAUCCAUGAGUCCAUCUACCACCACCACUACUACUACUAGUAGUAGUAGUAGUACAACCGCACCAAGCGGCCCCUCUGCAUAUCCAUCUCCUGCCGCCGAAUAUUACUCCUCAGAACCGACCCAGUCCAGCAAAGACAACAAUAACAAUGAUACUCCUACUACGCCUACCACGAUCAUGACUACCACUGUUUCCAGAGAAGAAGACAAGGAAGGCUCCGAUAGUAAUGCCGCACCGUCCAGCCCAGAAGAAGAGUCAGCUCCUAAUCCUAUUACCACCACCACCUCCGGCCGAGCACGACGGAGACGCGAGAUGCAGGCCAUCACAAAAAUCGUUGAAACCCGUGAAUUCCCCUACCAAGACCGAUACUUUUGGAAGAACAAUGGCAAUACUACGCAGCGGAAGACUGGAUGCAAAAGUAUCUAUUACAAAUGCUCAAAUAGCAAUAAGGGAUGUCCUGUGAACAAGACAGUAACAGAACGACCGAACGGCGAAUACAUUAUCAAGUACCGCGGACAGCAUCUUGCUGAAUGCGGGCGGGUGGAGCGUAUCGUGGAUUUGUAA